CUUCAUGUCAACGAAUAGAAUGCUCCGCUCUGAGCUCCCGCGCCUUAUGAGCGUCGGCCGGCAUCGGCUGUAAUGGUAAAGACUUAUAACUGCCUCUACUCUUCUCUCCGAGGAUAUUUCUGAAUUCGUUUCGAUUCCUCGUCUUUUCCUGUACAUUGCCUUGAUUGUUGAGGAUGGCCGCGGACAUCACAGGACGCGGUCCACUAGAGAAAGAGAUUGCAGAGGGCGAGGACGAUGCGCCCAAGUACGGGGACCUCCAUCAGGAUGUUGAGGUUGGGCCGGAGAUGAUUGAUAUUGAUCGGAUCGAGAAGGUGUAUAGCAAACUUGACCGACGGAUAUUACCAGCGUUCUGGGUCCUAUACUUCCUUUGCUCCGCCAUUCGAUCCAAUGUCGGACUUGCGCAGACCAUGAAUCUGGACAAGGGCCAUGACCUGGCCUCCGAGCUUAAUUUGACGCCCAAGCAAGUGUCGACCGGUCUGGCGUUGUUCUAUGUCUGUUAUGUCAUCUUCGACUUUCCCUCCAAUCUGGUCAUGUCGAAGCUUAGCCCGCAUGUCUGGAUGAGCCGUAUUGUUACUGGAGUGGGCAUCAUCGGGACUUGCUUGACCGCUAUGAAAGCCGCUUGGAGCUUCUACCUGCUCCGCCUCCUACUCGGUAUCGUGAUUGCAGGCAUGUGGCCAGGCAUGUCGUACUAUCUUACUCUCUUCUACCCUCCGUCGCGAACAGGCAAGCGCAUUGGAAGAUACUUCACCGCUGCUCAGGUCUCUGCUGCCGUUGUUGGACUGGUCUCAGCCGGCUUUCAAGAAAUGGAUGGCUUAGGUGGGCUUGUGGGCUUUCAGUGGAUGUUCCUGCUUUACGGCCUUGUUGGAACAGUAGUCGGCAUAUCAUUACUAUGGUGGCUUCCGGACCGACCACUUCCUCCCGGCGAAGUUCGAGAGCGCAAGGGAUGGCACAGGUACAUGCCGGAAAGCAGACCGGCUUUGACUGGCGAAGAUGCCAGAAUCCACUACGAGGAUUUGACGCGAGUUUACCACCGGCGUGCGUGGAAUAUGAAUGAUCUGUGGAACGUCAUGAUUGACUGGCGGCUGUGGCCCUUGGUCAUAAUGUACUUUGGAGUGGUAGGAGUCGGCAUUGGUACACAGAGCUAUGGUACCGUCAUCAUCCGCGGCAUAAACCCAAGCUUGACGGGCAUCGAGCUCAGUCUGCUAUUUGCUCCAAUCUGGGUGAUGGAUCUCAUUGCCAUUCUCAUCGUAACUCCCCUUUCCGACCGCUUCCAUCACCACCGCGCUCUCUUUUUCAGCGCCGCCGUCAUGAUCCAAAUAGCAGGCCUCCUUGUCACCACGUUCGCAGGCAACGGCUCAAGCUCCUGGUCGCGCUACGGAGGCCUCCUGAUGGUAGGCUUUGGUCUUGGCCCCACCGUACCAAUAUGCAUGACCUGGACCAAUGAAAUUUUUCAGCCGCGCCACGGCGAGGUCGGUGUAGCAGCAGCCAGCGCGCUCGUGUCCGGUUUGGGUAAUCUCGGCAGCAUUCUGACGACCUACGCGCUCUAUACGGGAUGGCCAGAAGACGCAAAAGGACCACACAAGUAUCGCAAGAGCAACUUGGUCAUGAUCGGGAUACUGUGCGCCAGUAUCCUGAGCGCAGCCGUUAUGGUGACUCUAUUGAGGAUCUUUGGUAACGGAACGGCGAAGCAGGUUAGCAGCGGCAGCUCGACUAUGGAAGGCGGAGAUGGAUACAUUGAUGGAGCGGCGAGGCGGGAGGUGCAACAACGCGGGCUCGGUCGCAUGUUUUGCUUCCGGUGAUGGGAUCCAUCACACUGCCUCGCCACGGAAGUGGAGGCUUUGGGACAACUCUGUAGCAGACGCCGUCUUUCUAGCCUUCGGUGCUGAUGAGCCAUCCUCAAAUUCUAGGAGCAUGCCUGAUAUCCAAUAGUUACGGCCAACACAUGCUGAGGUGCUUUAAGAAUAGC